AAUAACAGAACGUCAAUGUCAACUUGAUGUCAAAUCAAUUGUCGAAUCUCAAAGUGAAUAGGCUAGCGUUUGACGAUGAAAAAAUAUUUUUCUGUAUUAAUAACUUAGUUGCCUGAAUAAACUUAUUGUUUAUUAUAGAGUUUGAAAAUGAAUUUACAUUAAAAAUAAUAUCAGUUGACCUCUACAAAAAAUUGAGGUUAUAUUAUUGUUAUACAUCAAAGACAUUCAAGGUCCAGUUUAAUAUAAUCAACGCAAAUUAACAAUAUUUCUAUUAUACAAAACAUUGUAGCUAACAUAUCAAGUGCUAUAUUGGAGUGAGAUUAUCUAGAUGACAUAAACAAGCUGGCAUAAAACCUUUUUGUUGGUAAUUUGCUGUGAGGUGUUUGGCCUAAUGAUGAGAACCUACACUCGCAAGCGUCCGAACCACCAGUUGAUAGAGGAUGUGCACGAGCUGUGCAGACUGUGCCUGAACAAGACCAUGGAAGCUAUGCCAAUAUUCUCAGAAGACUCUGAGAAUAUCUGUGCAACAUUGGCACUGAGGAUCAUGAUCUGUGUGGGACUGGAGAUGAAAAGAGAUGAAUACUUACCAAACAUAAUCUGUACAGACUGUUACGACCAGCUCAACAAAUAUUAUGCAUUCAGGAAGAAAUGUGAGGUGACGUACCAAAAGCUGAAGUCUCACGUAUUAGCCGUAAAGGAAAAAGAAUACAAACAUAAAAUCAAAGAAGAAGCUGAUAAUAAAAUGAAGUUAGAACAAGUGGAGAAUGAGGAAGAAUUAAAGUAUGUUGUCACAUUCGAUAAGGAGCAGUAUCCAGAUGUGAACGGUUUGAAUCUGAAUGGAGUAGCACAGAUGAAUCAUUUUACUGAGAAAUUACCAGAGCUUUCGAAAAUUGAGUUGCUAGAAACUAAGGAUAAUGAUCAAACAGAAGAAGAAGUGCCAUCAGACCCUGACAUAACAACAUUCCUAUCUACAAUGCUUGUGGAGCUCGGCAUACUGACACCCGGAGACAAUGGACUGAUCUACUCUAAUCAGAAUAUAAAGUCAUUGGAAUUGGAGACAGGGGACGGUAGCAGUAUUGUGAUGGAACUGGUGGAGGAAGAUGAUGCUCAGGAACAAAUUGUGAGUGCAGAGAAUCAAAUAGAAGCAAGUAGCCUCACACAGGUAACACAGGAACAAGUAACGGAUCAGGUAGAAGCUAACAAUACUAAGAAAGUUGAAGACACAUUCAAAGAAAAUGAGUGUAUCAUAAAGUAUGUUACGUCAAAUGCUCCAAUCAAGAAAGAUAAAUCAGACAAAAAGUGUGCAUGGUGCUCGGAGUGCGGGCGUCGCCUGGCCAGCCGCAGCGCGCUGACGCGGCACCUGCGCACACACUCGGGCGAGCGGCCCUACGCCUGCCACAUCUGCGGGAGGACCUUCGCGCAGAAGGAGGUCAUGGUCAGGCAUCUGCUCGUGCAUGGAGAGCAGCGUCCAUUCGCGUGCUCUGUAUGUGACAAGAGCUUCACCCAGCGCGGCGCCCUCGCGGCGCACGCGCGGCAGCACGCGCCGCCCGCCGCACGACCGCUCGCGCUGCAUCGCUGUGAUAGGUGUCCCAAGGUCUUCCUCUAUGCAUCCGGUCUGAGUCGUCACAUGAUGAUGCACAACGGCCGUGUGUAUGUGUGCGGCGCGUGCGAGCGACAGUUCAAAGACAAGAGCUCCCUGCUGCGACACCUCAAGAACGCCAACCACGCGCCGCGAGCCACCGCGCCUACCUGAGCCACACACUACUUGAGCCCCGCUACAUGCGCCUAGCGACACGUAUCUUACGUCAGACUGCACUGAACUCAAUGUCUGGUCAGUUUACUCAGAAAUGCAAUCGUAGUUUAUUUUUAUCGGCUCGCAUACCGAUAUUACGGGACAUUUGA